ACCACCUGUGUCUGUCUUAAAACUUAUUUCACUCAAUUGUUCUAUUUACUAAUUUAUUCCUCUCAUGGUGGGAUUUUAACUGUUUUAAUGAGGGACUAUUUGAGCAUCACCCAUUGGGGGGAGCUCCUCAUAGCCCUCAUUUAGAUUGCUGCGUUUUAACCCAAACCAAACUCUAACCUGAACCUUGAAAACAGGUCCUGAUCCUCAAAGUAGUGAGGACCUCUCAAAUGUCCUCUGUAAGGUCUAUAACUGAAGCUGGUCCUCACACAGAUAGAAGUGCAAACACAGACGCACGGUCAGAGAUAGUUUGCCAUCUGUUGAGAUAUGCAGCUGUUCAAAAAUAGCCCUGUACCAGAAGCUUCUGUGAGUGGCUGUCAGAUAGGCAGAGCAGGGAAACAAGUCAUGUCGGUGCAGUUUGUUGUGUCUCUACAAUGUCCACGUGUUGUCCACUAAGUCAGAAACCACUGCAAGACUGUUUGAUUGGAAAGUUUAUGUAAGUCUGACUGUAUUUGUUCUUUUCAAAGCUACCCAACUAGAAGUUUGUUGUUGUCUAGUUUCUCUACAACAGACCGAUUGUUUGUAUUGUUGGAAACUUGCCUGAAAAUGGAGCCGUUUCCUGACCGGUUCUUGGAAUUCCACCCCAUCCACGGUACCAACGUCAGACUGGACCACUUGGACACACAGGCCACCCGGGUGGAGAGCUUUGCCAACGGUGUGUGUUUCAGCAAACACCCUCUGAAGCCUGGGGAGAUUUUUCUCAUAGAGAUUGAGGAAAAGGAGCUUGGCUGGUGUGGCCAUCUCCGAGUGGGCCUGACGGCCAGAGAUCCCAUGAGCUUAGAGGUGGUACCUGAAUACUCAAUCCCGGACCUGACAGACCUGGGAGACAGCUGGGUCUUCGCCAUCACCCGCAACCACAACAAGGUCGUGGAGGAUCCUGGGGUCCAGGAGGCAGAAGAGGGAGGACUGGCUGGGGGUCGGAGGCUUGGUAGAGGGGAGGUUGAGGAUGUAGCUGGAGCUCAGGGACUUGGAGGCAACAGCAUGAAUCCAAAACAUUUCUUCACUGACUCUCACUUGCACAUUGAAGAUGUUCGGAUCCCCAGAGACAAGCUGGUCGGUAGGAGCCGGCCCGGACGCUUCAGUCACAUUUUGGAUGACUUGUACAAGAUCAACGCGCUGCCUCCCACAGCCAGACGCAGCAGAAUAGGAGUACUAUAUGUGUCUAGAGGGAGGGACCUGGCUGAUAUGCACAUUGUAAUCAAUGGUGAGGACAUGGGAGCGUCUGCAAAGGGGAUCCCCACCAUCCAGCCCCUCUACGCAGUGGUGGACGUCUUUGCUGCCACUAAGUGUGUCCGGAUUGUCCAGGUGGAGUAUGGAUUCUCGUCCUUGCAGACGUUGUGUAGAAAGGCCAUCCAGAAGCACAUUGUCCACAGGAUGGCCAUUGACUGGCUGGAGCUGCCAGAGGCACUUAAGCACUACUGCAAGUAUGAGUGAAGGAUGAAGGCCUGCAAUGGACAGAAAUAAUAAUAAUGUGACCUUGUGUUUCAUUUAUAAAACAAACCUGUGUAUUGUGAUGCUUGGCACAGACCAAACUGACUUCAUUUGAUAUCAUCUGCUUACUAAAAUAAAU